AUGUCAUUUCAAGUUGAAGAUAAGGAUUUGCAAAAGUCGUUGAAUCCCGUGUUGAAGAGUGGAUACUUCAUUAGUAAGAAUAGUCAAGAUGUUUCCAUACCUCCGGAGGGUAUCGAAAGGGCCGCAAGCUCCAUAUACGAGAUCAUGAAAAGCAAGAAAUACUCCAGCUCAAAUUGGAAACAACACACGCUUCACCCCAAGGUUGCCGAUGAAAGGGCAAUUGACUGGAUCUUUCUGGUGGAUCUGUUAAAUUUUUCAUUUUGGUCGGAGUUCGAUGGAGAGGAGGGAGCGCAGAAUUCAAGAUUUUCUGUUUCCUUCGACGGUAAGCAGUACACCGGCUACUGGUCCUUGUGCGCGGCAAUCAAUCGAGCGCUCGAGGAGGGUAUAUCGAUUACCACACCAUCUUUCUAUUCGUCCGAAUCGAAAUUAUCGGAUCUCGAUCUUCUCCACGUGUUUCGCUCUUCCACGCAGGAAAAGAUGCCGCUGCUGGAGGAGCGAAUAAAGUGCAUCAGGGAGGCCGGAAAAGUUUUAAUGGAGAAAUUUGGAGGGAGUUUUGUCAAUUGCAUCAAGGAGUCCGAAAAUUCAUGCGUGAAGUUAUUAAAUAUCAUCGUCGAAAGCUUUAGUUCAUUUAGGGACGAGUCGACGUUCAACGGCGAAAGGGUCGUAUUUUACAAACGCGCGCAGAUAUUGAUCGCAGACAUUUGGGCGUGUUUCGAAGGCGAGGGAUUUGGAAAGUUUGAUGACAUCGAUGAGAUCACCAUGUUUGCGGAUUACAGGGUUCCACAGGCCCUUCACUAUCUGGGUGCCAUCUCUUACUCCGAUAGCCUUUUAAGGACAUUGGAAUCAUUCACUCUGUUGCCGAGUGGUUCAAGAUUGGAGAAUGAAAUUCGCGGAUGUUCAAUCUGGGCGGUGGAGCUCCUCAGGAGGGUCAUAAAAGGGAAGAUCGAACGUGACGAUGCGCACGGGUCGAUACCGAUAUUGAACGCGAUCAUAUUAGAUUUUUUCAUAUGGGAUUUCUCUAAGGAACACCUCGAGGAGUUAGGCGUACCGAUACAUAGAACACGUAGCAUCUACUAUUAA